CGGAACCGGCAGCUGUUUACGAGGACAUGGUCCAAGAGCUUGCACCCAGGACCGCCAAGUGGUGUUAGCCCUUUCGCGAAGCGGAACAGUGCCGACGGUAUUUCUCGUGGCGACGCGUACGAUGUGCCACAGGGUGUGAAAAGGCUACAUUGAGUCACGCCCAGGAACAUCUAUGGGCCGUAAUCGGUGGCAAGGAGGCUUGGAGCUGUUGGUGCUCUGUAUAUUAGUCCUCCAUCAUAUCGUCGUUCUGGCUGAUGGCGACGUCGGAUGUCUAUUCAGCGAGGACAUAUGUGACCCUCAGACGGAAAAGUGCUUUGACGAUCUGGCAUUCGGAAAAUGUAUACCUCGGUACACGAAUUUAGAGAAUGAGAAUUUAUAUCAAUAUAAUCUUGAUAUCGAUGAACUGGAGCUGCUACACUCGAUGAGAUUACAAUUGAUGAAACUUAUAGAAUCUAACGGAUACAACUGGAAACAUCCAUUUACUCAAUGUAUUGUGCAAACUUCGUUGCAUAAUCUCCGAUAUGGACAAAAUGAUGCUCGUGAUUUUCAUCUCUGCGAAUAUUUAAAGAAGUCAAGUCUCGAUGAACAAGAUGGAUUUAUUGACGAAAUGAUUCCAGCAGUCGCCAUACUAAGAAUCUCUACGGAUAACGAAAACCCUGAGAGUAAUUUAGCCGAUGUUUUGUAUCGUCCCACAGACAUUGAGGACAGAUCUGGAUACAUGAAAUGGCGAGAUGAUGAGAGUAAUCAGGCUUCAAUCAACAAUGAGAAAUUUGACAAUGAAUACAGAAAUUCAAUGAAUAUGCGCGAACAAUUUUAUCCAUCUAGAACACGUCGAUUCAGCUUCAUCGAUGAUUAUCAAAAUGAUGUUACCGAGUCACUUGAGGAUACUUUGAGAGAUGAAACAUUGCCCGAGGAUGAUAAUGAAAAUAUUUCUAACACGCAACUUUUGUCCGCGAAUUUGGAAUUUUUGCAGAACGAAAAAUCGCCAGAUUACACAUUGAAGCCUUCCUCCGAGACAAAUGAGAGGGCGUUCUCAAGAAAAUAUAAACAUCGGAAGAAACCACUGCGUUUCGAAUUUUCCGAUACUGAUGUAAAAAAGGGAAUGAUGGGAAGCGAUGAGGAUCUUGAUUAUGAGAAUAGCGAAAUUAAUGAAGAGAAUUCAGCAAAUAGCGAGAGAUCCGACGUGGAUACUUCUUCGAAAAUACGAGAAAUGUAUACUGAGGGAGGAGUUGUGCGACCUAGGAAAUAUAAAAUUACAUCCGAUGCAAGUGGAACUGUAUAUGACGAAAUGUACGACGAUGAUUUAGAUGCACUUUUAUGGAGACGAGAGUUGGCUGGCUUUAAACGCAGGGAACGUCUAGACGUUAAAAAACCUGGACCGCCGUUUUCGACGAAUAAUUACGCAUUUAAAACCCAAUCUUCGGCUACCCUUCUUGACAAAGAUUAUUCCGAGAUAAAUAAUCAGGAUAAUAAUAACGAAAUAUAUGCACCAUUAACUAAGAAGGAAUUAAACAGUAAUAUGUACAGAACAAGCGAUGGCCAGCCAGAAACUUACAAGAAUGUUGACUUAGAUUAUGUUUAUAUUGAAUUUGAGCAAGAGUUUCAUACAUGGCUUGAAGGAGAACACGUGGUUAAUAAGGUCGAAGAACUCCUGGGAUUGCCUUCCGGAACGUUAAAAGACAUACGAGUGGGCCGUGCGGAAGUAACAUUUAAAGUGAUUCAAAAUGACAAAAAUUACAACGCAACCGACGUUGUUAACAGCAUCGAUAAAAUACGUGGUAAAUUACAAAAUGCGCUAGGAAUAGAAGUUAUUCGAGCAGGUAUAGGCGAUAAGACUAAAUUACCAGCUACUCUGGAGGUAGCUAGAGAGAGCGAUACGAGUUCCAGUUUUUUCGGUGCAUUAGUAGCUGCUGGAGUUGCGGCUGCGAUCGCAGCCGCAGUAGUUACGCUUAUAAUUGCGCGUCGUCACGCCAAAUGUCGAGCUAAGCUUGCUGGACUGGCUACUCCGGAUCCAGAAGCAUCCAAGGACUACCAAGAUCUAUGUAGAGCGAGAAUGCAAGCGAAACAACCGAGUGAAAAAUUGGAAUCGCCACGUAUCACAAGCUUGACGCGCGAAAAUGAAUCCAAUAAUAUGUCCUCCAAUCGAUCCAGCACAUCCUCUUGGGGCGAGGAACCUGCUCUCACCAAUAUGGACAUAUCAACCGGUCAUAUGGUUCUUAGAUAUAUGGAAGAUCAUUUGAAAAAUAAAGAUCGUCUGGAUCAGGAAUGGGCGGCAUUGUGUGCUUAUGAAGCUGAACCAUCGUCCACGGAGAUCGCGGAGAGCGAGGCGAAUGUCAAGCAGAAUCGUCCCAACGCGGCACUUCCCUAUGAUCAUUCUCGAGUAGUCCUCAACGAUCUAGCAAACGCUAAUAAUUCCGACUACAUAAAUGCUUCCACAAUCAAGUCGACGGAUCACGAUCCUCGGAAUCCGGCUUAUAUAGCCACGCAAGGACCAUUACCGCAGACUACGGCUGAUUUCUGGCAAUUGGUUUGGGAACAAGGCAGCGUGGUAAUUGUGAUGCUAACACGACUUACCGAAGAAGGCCGUGCCAUGUGCCAUCGUUAUUGGCCUGAGGAAGGCUCGGAGCUCUAUCACAUCUAUGAGGUGCAUCUGGUGUCGGAGCAUUUUUGGUGCGAUGAUUAUCUAGUGCGCUCCUUCUAUCUGAAAAAUCUGCGCACUUGUGAGACUCGUACUGUCACGCAAUUCCACUUCCUCUCCUGGCCGGAGAACAGCGUCCCAUAUUCUACAAAGGCUCUGCUUGAGUUCCGUAGAAAAGUUAAUAAAUCAUAUCGUGGGAGAUCUUGCCCGAUAGUCGUGCAUUGCAGUGAUGGAGCUGGACGAACUGGUACUUACUGCUUGAUUGACAUGGUCCUAAACCGUAUGACGAAGGGAGCGAAGGAAAUUGAUAUCGCAGCUACUCUCGAGCAUAUUAGAGAUCAAAGACCGGAUAUGGUUGCUACGAAACAACAGUUCGAGUUCGUCCUGAUGGCAGUGGCGGAAGAGGUACAUGCGAUUCUCAAGGCUUUACCCGUAUCGUCAAAUGAGAAAUCCGUUACGGCUACCGGUUCUUCGCCACCUACGAAAUCGGAGCAGUGAAGUUAAAAAGUUACGACGCAAAUUUAAUCCUAAACGGUAUAAAAUUCAGG